GGACUGACUCUGCACGUUAGCUUGACGACGAAGACUCCUCCUUCCCCUCUUUCCUUUCCUCAUUCAUUCCCUUGUGCGCUGCGCAGGUAAAAACCUAAAAACCGCAUCUCCCCCAAUUCUCCACCCACCGCUCCUACUACCGCCUUCAUCACAUGCUUUUCUUUCAAUUCCCAACCCCUCUCCCCUAAUUCCGAUCCAUCCGAUUCCUGUUUCUGAUUCUCCUUGGGGUUAAUCGCUUUUUUCCGCGUUCCGAUCGAUGAGAGACGGCGAAAAUGUCCAAGGUGAAACACUUGUUGAGGAAGCUUCACAUCGGCGAUCACCAUCAACACGGCAGGCCGCCGCCGCCGCUCGAUCCAUCUCCGCAGACAGCGCCGUCGGUGCCAUCGACCUCAUCCUCGCCUUCGUCGCCCUCUGAUUUGCCUCCGCCGGCUUCGUCGUCGGAGAAUGAGAGAUCGACCAGCGGCAAUUUCAAUUACUUCGAGGAGGAGUUCCAAAUGCAAUUGGCGCUGGCAAUUAGCGUUUCAGAUCAAGGUCAAAGCUGCGUUGACCCUGAAACCGCACAAAUCAACGCUGCCAAGCAGAUUAGCCUUGGCCGCCUGCCUUCUCAGAACCUUGCGGAAUUUAUGUCGCUCCGAUAUUGGAGUUCUAAUGUUGUAAAUUAUGAUGAGAAAGUAGUAGAUGGAUUCUAUGAUGUGUUUGGAAUAGACUCAAAUUUGGUGGUACAAGCAAAGAUGCCAUCGCUUGUAGAACUUGAGUCCAUUUCACCAAUGGAUGAUAUUGGUUGUGAGGUUGUUUUAGUGAAUCGUACAGUUGAUGUAGAACUUCGGAAACUUGAGGAAAGAGUACGGUAUAUGUCCAUGGAAUGUCAUGCUUUGGAUAAGACCUUGAAUACGAGUUUUCUAGUUCAAAAAAUUGCUGAGCUCAUUGUUCAAAGAAUGGGAGGACCAGUGAGUGAUGUUGAAGAAAUGUUCAGGAGAUGGAAAGCCAGAAAUCGUGAAUUAAGAAUUUAUUUGAAUACAAUUGUUCUUCCACUUGGUUCUCUUGAUAUUGGGCAUUCACGUCAAAGGGCCUUACUUUUUAAGGUACUUGCGGACAUGAUUAACCUUCCAUGUAAGCUUGUCAGAGGAAGUUAUUAUACAGGCACUGAUGAAGGAGCUGUGAAUUUGAUUAAAUUGGAUGAUGGAAGCGAGUAUAUUAUCGAUCUCAUGGGUGCUCCAGGCACACUCAUUCCUGCUGAGGUGCCGUCUGGUCAUUGUCAGAGUUUUGGUUUAGAUACCAGAAAUAUUCCUACGAUUUCAGGGAUACCCAACUUGAUUGAAACUCACAGUGCAAGUAUUUUGAGCUCAGAAUCAUCUGCUAGUGCAAGGCGGGUAGGAAGGAAAAUGCCGGCAAGGAAGAUGGAGCAUGAUGUUGGAGAUGCUGAUCUCACUCCAUGGAAACCAUCUGAAGCAUCAUUGCACGCCGCAAAGAAAAAGUCAACCAGACAAGAAUCUGAGAGUGGAGGUACUUAUAGUUACUCUACAAGUAAUACCAAGGAACCGUCAUUUGAAGAAGUCCCUGUACUGCAUCCAAAGAGUUCUGACUCAACAGGCAAGGAUUUCCUUCCAGAUGUAGGUCCUCAUGAUUUUAUGGAAGAAGACGCACAGGAAAGAAGUGGACUAGUGAGAAGAGAGAGGCUAUUUGAUCCGUACCAUGGAGAGACAAAUCAUUCUCUCUUACCUUUCAGUGGAUUGCAGCAAUUAAGCAUGGCAUAUAGUGGCAGUGAAAGGCCACUUCCUGAAGGUUUGGGAACACAGCUGUUUCACCUGGAUGCUGAAAGACAAAAUUUGACUACCACUGCUCCAGGGGAGCAAAAUGUCAGAGUUAGUCAUGAUGUGAUUUCUUUAAAUGGUGCUAGCAUUUAUCGACAAAAUGUUGAGCAAUCUGGAGAUACGGGGGCUAUGCUAAUGUCCAUCACUGACCAGCCAGAAAUUGACAGAAUCCAUAAUGUGCAACUUGAUCCAGUACUCAAUGGAGUUGCUGAGAUCUUGUGGGAAGAUCUUCAAAUUGGUGAACGUAUUGGCAUAGGCUCAUAUGGUGAGGUCUACCGAGCAGAAUGGAAUGGCACGGAAGUUGCGGUAAAGAAGUUUAUGAACCAAGAUAUAUCUGGAGAUGCUCUUGCCCAGUUUAAGUGUGAGGUUGAAAUCAUGUUAAGGCUGAGACAUCCAAAUGUUGUUCUUUUUAUGGGAGCAGUUAUACGACCCCCAAAUAUGUCCAUAUUGACAGAAUAUCUUCCAAGGGGUAGUUUAUAUAAGCUUUUGCACCGUCCAAAUAUCCAAAUAGAUGAAAAAAGGCGAAUAAAGAUGGCCCUUGAUGUGGCCAAGGGAAUGAAUUACUUACACACUAGCCAUCCCACCAUUGUGCAUCGAGAUUUGAAGACUCCGAAUCUACUUGUUGAUAAAAAUUGGGUUGUGAAGGUUUGCGACUUUGGUAUGUCACGCUUACAACACCAUACUUUUCUAUCUUCAAAGUCCGCAGCUGGAACGGCAGAAUGGAUGGCCCCUGAAGUCCUGAGAAACGAACCAUCGAACGAGAAAUCCGAUGUAUAUAGUUUUGGAGUGAUACUGUGGGAGCUGGCUUCUCUCAAGGUGCCUUGGACUGGAAUGAACUCAAUGCAAGUUGUUGGAGCUGUUGGCUUCCAGGGUCGGAACCUGGAGAUCCCGCCUACCGUAGAUCCCCUGGUGGCAGGGAUUAUAAGUGACUGUUGGAGUAGAAACCCGCAGGCACGGCCGUCAUUUGCACAGAUUAUUACCCGUCUCAAGAGUCUGCAGCGCCUGAGCAUUCCACCAAAUAAAUCACAAGGGGCCGUGUUUUAGAAUUAGGGCAGCUCGAAUCUGGAAUGAAGAAGAGAUAUCCAGAGAGCUGAAGUCACGAGUUUGGGUAAAUGUCAAUUUAUAUAUAGAGGGAGAGAAAGGUUGCUGCAUUGGCGGGUGUCGGUUCAUUCGAAGUGGGAACUCUACACAGCCAAUUCAGAACUGAGCAACCAACUGUCCUCAAGCUGAAGAGGAAAGGGCACAAAAGUGUUCAUGAAAGAAAAAAGGAAUAAAAACCAAAAAAAGAAAAGAAAAGACUAACUUGUGAAAGGCCUAAGAUGUGAUGGAGAAAAUUGUACACAAUGACUUUUUCUCUUCAUGUCCUCCUCUAUUUGUAAGAAUCUUUUAAAUAAACAUGAAAAAAAAAAUGCAAAAAAGGGUGGGGGUGGAGAAUUGGAGUUUUUGAAUCUUUGUUGAGACCAUAGGAAAAUGCAACUGUGUAUAAGAAGGGUCUCAACAGGUUCAUCCAAAAAGAGAGUGGCUGAAAGUGUGGGUUGAGUUUAUGAAUUAUCCUACUAGUAAAAAAAAAAAAAAGGGAAAAAAA